UUUCCAUGCCAAUAGGCAGAUAUCCCACGUCGUCUGCAUUAGAAGACGAAGCUGGGUCGGGCCACGAAGACAGCGGAGAAUCAGACCAGCCCCAAGACGGAGUCACGAGGUUGUCACCCAGGUUGCCGGUCUCUAGCGUACGCAGUUUAUCGGUCUUUGCCAUAUUGUCCUGGGGCUCACGGCGCAAUAUGUGGAUUAUUCCCACGUGUGGAAAUGUCAUCUGGAUGUCGUUUGCCUCUUCUUGCACAAUACAUUCUGUGCACACCAUGUCGCCGGGCUCACUCCAUGUUGUAUAGCUGACGCCAUCAGCUGCGGUUGCUUCAAGAGCACUUAAUCUCUUCAACGCUCGUGCUGCAGAAUGACACAACUUGUCGUCAAACUUUUGGCCCAUGGUUUCCAGGCUCUGAAUAGCGCGCUCAGCCGUUGCCAAAUCCCCUGGGCGCUGAUGGCCAAGAGGAUUUUCACGGCCCAGUCGAUGGCUAUCCAGGUGCACCACGAGCAGAGUCAAAGCAGAAAGAACGACUUUGAGAACGAUGCCCCUGGUCGAAAACGACACGCGAUUAGGUCCGACCGGAACGAUGGAUCUACCGAGUAAUUCUCGAGCGGCAGCCACGGCUGCAAAUUUGGAAUUGGAGUAGUCUUGCAUGGAGUUGUUGAAACGACCCUCGGGCCCCGGUAGGAUGUAAGGUAUAUGCAGC